AUGACUGUUGAAUCAUUCCUGUCGCUCCUCGGUGAAGAGGUUGUGAAUGUCUAUGAAGAGUCCAUUCUCCUCUUUUCAACAGUUCCAUCUUCAAGAAACCUUGGCUUUCUGGACAGCAGUGCUUCUUCAAUAUCUGUGACCGCUGCUGGCCAAGACCUGACAAUUUAUCAGUCCCCAACACUCUUAUCUUCCACUCGUCGAGGAGGUACAACAGGUGCUGUCCUAUGGAAGAUCACCCCCAUAUUUGCGGAAUGGAUAUGUGACAAACAUAAUAUCCUCUUUGCCCAUGGAGUCCUUACGACAUCAUCAUCGGUUUUAGAACUCGGGGGUGGUUCAGCAGCCGUCCUUGCACUGACGCUAGGCACACGGGUUGGAAAAUAUUACCACAGCGACCAGGAAUACGUUAUGAAGCUUGCUCAAAAGAAUUUGGGUGAGAAUUUGCCAGAAACAAUAAAGUCACCAUCAAAACGGCGGGGCAAAGUUACAAAGACAACUGGCCAUAUACCGAACAUAUCAACAAUUUCUUUAGACUGGGAGACUGAUGAUAUUCGAUACCAUCCAGCUCUGCAAGCUGGUACCUUAUUUUCUGCUGUAAUAGCCUGCGAUACCAUAUAUAACGAAGCUCUCAUCAAGCCCUUUGUAGAGACCUGCAUAGACGCAUGCUCUCUAUCUCGAAGCAAUACAGAAUCGAAUAUAGCCCCGGCAGUAACAAUAGUCGCUCAAGAGCUCCGAUCACCAGAAGUCUUCGAAAAUUGGCUUGAAACAUUUCAAAAAGCAUUCCACACAUACCGCAUCCCCGAUGACCAUCUAAUCCCUUCUUUGAGGUCUACAUCAGGAUACAGUGUACAUGUUGGAAUACUUCGCUCUGGGUUGGAACGAUCCUAA